AUGACUGCAUAUACAUAUGCUAUUAAGGGCAAUGAUCUCGCCGAUGACGAAAGGGAAUCAGUGCUACUUAAGAAAUUUGGGGAAACCCUGUCAAAGGGGGCGAUGAUUAGGUAUCAUAACUUGCCCGAGCAUUCAAUUGAUUUAUUUUCCAUGCUCGCUGAUGCUUUCGUCAAGGCUCAUGUUGAAGCCAUCAAGGUCGAAACACGAAAAUCGGACUUGUUCAAGGUCAAGCAACGAGAUGACGAGACCCUCCGCGAGUUUGUGGCUCGGUUUCAAAUGGAGCGCAUGGACUUACCCCUAGUCACUGACGAUUGGGCCGUUCAGGAUUUCACCAAAGGGCUCAAUUCAAGGAGCUUGAUAACAUAUAUGGAGCUAAAGCAAAAUCUGAUAGAAUACCCAGCGAUCGCUUGGGCUGAUGUACACAACAGGUAUCAGUCGAAGAUCAGGGUCGAAGAUGAUAAGAUUCUGAGGGCUGCUUGGGUAUCAUGGCAUUCCGGUAAAGGGAGUGAUCGAUUGAGGAGAGUGGUAGAUCGGGAUUCCAGAUUGUCAUAUGACAGAAAUGCUGUCGAUAGAGCCCCAGGAAACAGAGAAACUCCAAGGUUAUCCGAGUACAACUUUUGCGUCGAUGUAGCAACUAUAUCGGCGGCCGUUAUCCGAAACAAAGAAACAAGACAUCCAAGGCCAAUCCAAUUUGAUCCAGAGAAGUGGGAUAAAAGUCUUAUUUGUAAGUAUCAUCAUACUCACAGCCAUCGGACCGAGGAUUGUCGGCAGCUGAGAGAAGAGGUCGCUCAUCUUUUCAAUUUGGGACAUCUUCGAGAAUUCCUAAGUGAACGAUCAGAACCCCAUUUCAAGAACCUGGACUCCAACAAACAGGAUAGGCCGGAAGAGCCUCAGCGGGUGAUACACAUGAUCAUGGGAGGAACUGACGUUUCCAUUGGGUCGGUUGUAAAACGCACCAAAAUCUCCAUAACGAGGGAAAAGCGUAUCCGGAAUGAUGACCCCGAUGGUCCCAUCACGUUCAAUGACGAGGACAUAGAAGGCAUCGCCCAGCCGCAUAACAACGCACUGGUAGCUCGGCUAAUAUCAUUCGAUGGAGAGUCAUCGAACAGCUGGGACUACUAG